AUGGGGAAAUCCCGACGUCAGCUGACCUCCGGACCGCCGGGUACGGCAUCGCCGAAACGGCAGGCGGGCCCAAUGGACGAGUUUCUGUCCACACCUGACGGCCUCAGACACACGCGGCCGUCGGGCAAAAUGGCGCCUGAUUCACCAGGCACAAGCAGCACGGCCGGAUCCAUAGCAGGCUCCACACAAGCAGACACCCUAACCCAGAUAUCUGCUGAGUUAGCAGCCAUAGCCUCCAACAUGCUGACAAAGGCAGACAAGGUGACCCUGGUACAGGAAAUGCGCUCUGCCAUCAGGGAAGAGAUUCAAGAGGUGAGAAAUGAUCUAACCACCCUGGAGCAGCGGGUCACUGAGCUGGAAGCUGAUUGUAUGCUGGCCUCUCAACACUCCCAAGCUGCCGACAAUGCCACCUCAAGGCAGGGUACCGUCCUCCUGGAUCUAAGAAGACAGGUCGAAGACCUGGAUAACCGCGGACGACGUAAUAAUAUCCGCGUGCGAGGCCUGCCAGAACAAGCGGGGGAAGACCUCAGCGACAUCCUGCAGCGACUUUUCGCGGAUGUACUGGGAGAGGAAGCCCCAGACACCUACAAUAUUGAGAGAGCCCACAGAGCACUCCGACCCCCUAGGAACGACGGACCCCCCAGAGACAUUAUAUGCUGUCUACUAUCUUUUCAACUAAAAGAAGCCAUUAUGAAGGCGGCCAGAUCACAAAACAUCACGUAUCUUGGCGCCCAGGUGUCCCUGUUUCAAGAUCUCUCGCCCCUGACGCUGGAAGCCCGCCGAGCACUACGUCCACUUACCCGAAUGCUGCAAGAUAGGAGGAUCCCGUACAGAUGGGGACACCCUUUUAGCCUACAAGCCCGGAAGGACAAUGCAUGGCGCACGCUGAGAUGGCCGAACGAAGUCCCCGGGUUCCUGAGAGCCCUGGACCUGCCUGCGGUAGCCAUACCUAACUGGAUCUUGAUGGGUCCACCACAGCAUCCUGCGGGCCCCGCUGGUCCGACACCGCCUAGCAACCGGAGGGAAAGGCCCCCCCGGAGAGGGGGACCGGACGGCCCCGAAGAAUAAAGCCCGGAGUCACAUGAGUCUGAGAUCCACCCUCCCCCGCGGGAUGGCGGUCCCCCCUUCAUCUGCACACCUGGCGGGUGCGGACACCCUGGACUUGCAGAGGUUUCUCCCAUUGGCGGUAUGUGCCUCCCCUCUCUGCUCUAAAACUGUGCCCCACGACAAAGCCCACGCUGGCUGGGUUGCUCCCCCCCCUUCUCCCCCGGGGGGCCCCGGCCUGCUCCGGGAUUUAACUGCCUCAGAACUCCAGCCCACGCCUUACGGACAAAACCCAGGACUCUUAGCCAUCCAGAAAGCUACAGCGGGUGGGAAAAGCCUACUUGGGAGGAGGGAUAGCAGACACGAAAUUCACCCUACUUGCAGGUGGGAAAAGCCUACUUGGGAGGGGGGAUAGCAGACACGAAACCCACACGUGUGGAGGGCUAACUUACUCUACGAUCAUGGUCACUCCAUCAUAGGGGCGCGGGUGGGCCCUGGGCACACAACCUGGGCACUCCUAUCCCUCCACAUGUGGCUGUUAAAGGUUCCCCUUACUAGUUUUGCUCGGGUGCAGGAGGGUAGUUCGUGGAACUAGCGGGCUUGGGGGACACAGAGGGAGCAGGCGGGGAGCGGGGCCGGGUGCCUGUGCGGGGUGGUGCGGGGAGGGGGGGGGGCGACACUACACCCCCUGUAGCCAACAAGACAGACACUACAAGCCUAUGAUACCUAGCCCAAGCUUAUAGGGGGGGCACCACACCAGGCCUCGGGUUGGGGAAUAAGAGGGCCCGAUAAACUGAGGCUUCUAACUGGGCUAGUGGGACCUGAGACACAGACACAAUGGGGAGGAGAGAUCCGAGGUAGGCACCACAGACGUUCCAGGGGGUAGCUGACACCCGCGGGGGGGACUAAAGAGAUGGGAGAGGACUGUUAGGGGACCAUGAGGCGGGACAGGCCUGGCUCCGGCCGUUUAAUAGUAUACUACGUUAGGCCAAGUUUAUGCUAUAAUGUUCAAGUUAACCCCUCCUAAUUUAUUUUAUUUAUCUUUUUUUUUUUUUUUUUUCCUCCACUGUUACAUAAUUCUUUGAUAUAUACACAAAGGGUCUGCAGCUCACGGCGGCGAUACGUUCUCGAGCGAUUGGCUCCCCAGGCUCAG